GGAAGGAUUGGAGAUUUGGCGAGAGGAGAAUCAAACUUGCAGAAUCUCAAUUAAUACCUUCAUAUUUUAAGGUAUUAUUACUUCUUUUGCUUAAAUUAACCAUUUAUGGAGUAUAAUUUAGUUUGAUGUUACAUUUUUCUUGACCCCACCAGCAAACACUAUGCUCUGCUUUGGCUUUAUACAUAUAAAAUACCUAACUUAAACUUAUUCUCUUUCAAAUUUAUGAGGAGAGUAGAGAUUUUAUAUGCAUAUAUCUAAAUAGGGUUCUUAAUGAUGAAUUGAAGCAUUAAAAAUUGGUGGUUGCUUUGGGUUAUUGCGAGAUGGGUUGGAAUUGAUUGGUGGAAAAGGGACUGGGUUUGUGUUUGUAUGUGGGUGAGUGCGUACUGGUGUGUUGGGUGUGUGUGUGGCGUUUAUGAAUCGAGUGUGUGCGUAGGUAGUCAGGGUGGUGGGGAAACUACGGAAUCAUCGUCAAUGGUGAACGGAGCUUCUCGGGAAGCGGAUGGCGUCGUGGGUGUUGGUGGUCAAAACCACCUCAGUAGCGACUUUGGGGAAAAGGAGAGAUGGAGAGCAAGAGAGAGAGAGAGAGAGAGGGGGGGGAGAGAGAGAGAGAGAGAGAGAGAGAGAGAGAGAGGAGAGGAGGGAGAGCUGUUGGUGAAGGUGGUAGGCCGCCGGAAAUCUUUCCGGUCGACAACGGUGAUGAUGGGUUAAGGAAGAGGGAGAGAGGAGAGAUAAGGGGAAAGGAUGGACUGGAGGUGAUGAGGGCAGUACCGUAAUUUCAUAAUUGAGAUAGUAAUUAAAAUAAAAAUAAUAAGUUGAGAAAUGAGAGUUUGGGAUAAUAAAUACUCCCUCCGUUUCAAUUUACAUGUCCUUGAAGAAAAUUUUUUGUUUCAAAUUAUUUGUCCACUUCAAUUUUCAAUGCAAAAUCAUAUUUCCAAAGUCAAUUGUACUCCACAUAUCUCUUAUUUAUAUUUCCUAGAUCAAUCUCACUCCACAUAUUUUGAUCAUUUAAUGCAAAUUAAUUUGUGAACAUUAACAUUUCCUAAAUUGUGUGAUUUUUUUAAAGUGGACAUCUAAUUUGAAACGGAGGUAGUAUUAAUUUUGGGGCUAAAUUUGAGAAGAUUGAUAAUAGAACAAUAAAUUUGGAAAAUAGUAAUAAAGUGAGAAGUGGAAGAAUAAGUUUGGGGUGAAAAAUAUGAAAUGAGAUUAACUAAUUAAUAAUAUUUGAAGACUAAAAUGGAGUUAAAAAGAAUAUUUUGAGAAGUGUAACUUAUAAAAUGUGGAGAAUUUAAAUAGAGAAUAAUAAUUGGUUAGAAAUGUUUGUAAAAUAAAUAACAAAAGUGGGAGUAAUAUUGGAAAAAGAAAGAUUUUAAUAUAAAUCUUGAGGAUUUCAUAGAUGAAUUCGAGUAUUAAGUUUAGUUAGUAAUAAAUAAUUUAAUAUGCGAUCAAAUUGGAGAGAAUGCAACUUUGAUGAUUAAACAUGAUAACACUAAUAGAAAAAGGAGAAUAGACAUCACACUUUAGACAUCACUUUGUAUUGACACUGAUGUCAAAAGUAUUUGUUACAUCGUUUUUAACAAAACCGAUGUCAAUUUGAAACUUUGACAUCAGUUAUUUUAUGAAACUGAUGUUGUUUUCUAAGUUAAAAAAAAAAAUUAGCCCGCGCGUUCCCCUGCGCUCCCCUUUUCCCUACCUAAUUGUUUCCCUCCAUCUGCCUUAAAAAAAUUUCAACAUCUCCCCCCUCUUUUCAACUUUACCCCAAUAAACAAUAAACUCUAAAACAAAUCAAAACCAAUAAAUUAAAAUCUAAAAACAAAUCAAAAACAAAAGAAGACAAAAACAAAUUAGAACACUCUCAGCUCACACAACUCGAAGCUCUCUCGUAACUCUCUCGAAGCUACCCCGUCGGCGACUCUCUCGAAGCUGAAGCUGAAGACCCCAUCCCCAUCAUCAAAACUCUCUCGAAGCUUAAGCUCACCAGCUCUGUGUUCUCACCAGCCCUAUGUUCUCACCAGCUUAAGCUCGAAGUCGGAGGUUAUAAAUCAAAGCCGGAGGUUAUAAAUCGAAGUUGAAGGUUGAAAAGCUCAGAGAUUGAAGAGGUCGGAGUUCAAUUGAAGAGGUCGGAGGUUAGAGCUUCAAUUAGUUUUGGAAUUCAACUCCGUGUGCUCGAAGUCGGAGGUUAUAAAUCAAAGUCGGAGGUAAUAAAUCGAAGUUGAAGGUUGAAAAGCUCGGAGAUUGAAGAGGUCGGAGUUCAAUUGAAGAGGUCGGAGGUUAGAGCUUCAAUUAGUUGGUACUUGUGGUGCCAUACUUAUUUCUGUCGUCUUUCUUCUCCACAGAGACUCACUUGUUUCUGGUUGCAGUUGGCCUGCCGUCUUAGUUGCACUCAAGUUCUCUAAGUCGACUCAUUCUCCUUAAUUUACAGAUUGAAUGGCAAAAAAGGGGAAAAUAACUAAAAAAUAGUCUGAACAAGUCAUGGACAGAGUGGAAGAUGAGAAGCAAAAAACUGACCCCCCACAAGUGGAAGAAUCAGCACCUGAGCUAGAGACUGCCUCCAUUCCUCCUGCAGAUGUUGCCUCUCCGCAGCAGACAGCUCCACAACCCACAGAAACAAGUACACAGUCAACCAAAACAAGGACAUCUGGAGGAACGCGAAGUGUUUGUGCUAUGCACAAAGUGGUGAUAAAGAAAGCGCGAGGAGAAAAUUUCAAAGUACGGUUUAAUCAAGUUGGACUUCCAGUUGGAGAUGGCAGGCACAAACUGCAGUCCUAUCUAGGAAUGCUAGCAAGGACAACGGUGCCGAUUGACAUUCCGUCUUGGCCAAAGGUGGACCCUAAAUUAAAAGAGAAGUUAUGGAAUGAUCUUCAGGAUACGUUCGAAGUGACUCCAGAAAGUCAGAAAAGAAUUCUUCAAUCAGCAGGUGCAAAAUGGAGAAAUUUUAAAGCUAAAUUAACUGCCGAACAUGUGCUCCCUUAUAUUGGACAGAAGAAGAAGUUAUCGAAGCCACCAAAGCAAUAUGCAUUCGUUGAAAACAAAUGAAAAGUAUAGUAAUACUGUGGGGAAUCGGAAAUACCCACACCAAGGGUCAAGAAAGGGAUAUAUCGGGUUGCAAGAAGAAGAGAUACGUGAAGGGAGGUUGGAACCAGAUGAAGUACCGGACAGGGCAAUUUUGGGGAAAAAAGCUCGCGUGCCAAAGCAUGGCAUGAUUGACCCAAAGUUAGCCAAGUUACAUCAAAAAAUUGAUGACUUAUUGGAAAAGCAAAGAAAGGGUGAAUUCAAGCCGCAAGGAACUAAUGAUGUGCUUACCACUGUGUUAGAAACUCCAGAGCAUUUCGCGGGGUUGGGAGCUUCAUACCACCAACCUUGUUUUUUGAUUUGCCGAAACAGAAAAGGAAACGGAUUACCAAAGAGGAGUUGUUGGCCCAUGAUGAGAAGAUGAAAGAGGAGUUCGAGCAAAAAACAAAGGAUUUAGAGAUACAAAUUGCAGAGUUGAGAGCUUUGAUUGCUGCGAGCAAUAUUCAUUCACCAAUAUUGUCCGACAAAGCAAGCUGUCCAGGGGAAAAAGAAGAAGAACAGGAACAACAGAAGAAUGUGAAGAAAAAAAAAAGAAAUUGCAAAGAAACUAAUGGUGGAUGAAUUGAUGGUAGAUGAUGCCAAACAGGAUGAAAAUUGUUUUGCUAUUGACCCUCCUCCACCUCCACCAGAACAGAAGGGUCCGCGCAAAUGUGAGAUGGCAGUGGACAGCAUUGAUAAUAAAGUUGCUUUUGGUGUUGCUUUUGAAGAGGGAGAUGAAAUGAGGCAUCUACAACCCGGAUUUGUUCGUGUCGCGGUGGACGGAAGCAUCAAGGACGAUGCCCUGGUUCCUGUACCGAUAGUUGGUGAGAUAGAAACCGUCCACCAAGCUAUUGGCUCUCAUUUAGCAUGGCCAAAGGACAUGAUCAUUUUCACCGGAGCUACUUGUUCUGAGAAAAAGAAAAAACCGCAAAGUGAGGUGCAGAGAGUGCAUGCGCUUUUUAAUUCGGUGAAGCCGAAGGAGGAUGUGCCUCCUCGCUUUAGGGUGUUGUACAAAUUUGCAAAAACAGUGAUGAAAGAAAGUGGAAACUCGAUACCAGUUCCAUGUGAUGUUGAUAUCUUUGGAAUCGAAAGAACUAUUUAUCUACUCGAUGAGAGUGUGCUUUCACUGUUAGAGUUUAAAAUGAUUGGGCAGGCGGUCAUAUCAACAUAUAUGACGUAAGCUGUUUUUUUAAUUCUUCUCUUCUUGUUGUCUCAUUUUUAUUUGUAGUGAU